AAUUUCAUUUCAUUUAAACUUCUGACCACAUCAAGCUUUCACUUCCUCAAAAACUCUCAUACAUAAAGUUCAACUCCAGUUUCUCACGUUUUUUUUUACAAAAAAUGAAUAUUUUUCAUCCUGCAUUUGCCAUAUUUCUAUUUCUUAGUUCAGUUAGUUUGCCUUGCAUUGAAAAUUCAGUAAUCGACACGACCGAAUUUCAAGAUCCAUUUGAUAAAUUUUUCGCUUCAGACGAAAAUAUUAACGACGAGACCUUAACUGAACCAGAUGUGCAAAUCCAAAGACCAACCCAGCAAUGGGACAAUUCCAGUUGCCUCUCCAUCACAAUUUCUUGUAAAAUAAUUAUCUCGGUUAAAACAAAAAAUGUUCAACCCGUCGAGUUCAUCCAAACAUUUGCACACGAAGAAAAUCAGCAAUUUUCUAAUUGUCCCAUGACCGCUGCCAACUCUGACACUUCAUCCCGAGAGAAACGUGACACUAUUGAGGAGCCGAUCAAGCUUUGGGGAGACGGAGGAAUUUACAUUCUCGAAGUUGCAUUCCAAAUACCACGAGAAAUUCGUGAUAUUUUAGAUUCACAAAAAACCAUUCGAAUUAAAUUUGCAUUUGAUCCGGAAAGUGAGGAAUACUUGCUUUACGGUGUCGGCAUUGAGGGAGCGUUUCCCGAAGACGUUUACAGUUUAGUGGUAACGCAAUUGAAGCGAGACGCUUCCACAUACAGUUUAAUACCCGCUCACAUCGGCAAUAGUAGUCUUUGUGCGGAAACGACCUGGAGCGGCAAUAGUCCAUCUUCAUCUGAAAUCCAGGCUUUUGUCACAUUUAAUGACUUCUACUUUAAAAUGGUUCAACAAAGGGUGGGAGAUCCUAUAGAAAAUAUUACUGGGGUAGACUUAAGAAAUUCACAAGUAACCGAUGUGUGCCCCCCGCUGCCUGCAGACGCCGAGGAUGAGUAUGAUGUCGACCCACUUGUGCACCAGUCAUCACUUCCUGUAGACAGAAUUAUUGUCGUUUGUGCAGCAGUAGCGGGUAUACUGUUUAUUGGGUCAAUAUUAGUAUUUUCUUAUCGGCUUCACAACAAAGGAAGUGGAAAGAUAACUGAGCCUAGGAAUCCAUUUUGGUGUGCUUACCGAAAUUGAGAUUCGGCAAACAAAUUAUGUCAAGAGUUCCCUGUAACGUAUGUAUGUACUUAUGCUCAUACAGUUUUUAUUUAAUCCUUCUACUGGAAAAGUCAUCAACUCGUAAGCACAUAUUUUUACUUGUUACUUGUUUUUACAAUUGACUAAACUUAGGACCGGAUAUUUGUGUUUGUAUAACUCACAUGCACAUAUUGUGGAGCUAGAAAUGAGCAACACUGGAUGCACGACGUAAUGAUGAUUAAGAACAUUUGACCAAGAAAUUUAGUGCAUGCGUACAUAAG